UGAGCAUAACAUAUAUGGUCAGCUACUAAAGGCGAGCUGCACAAUGUGGAAUCUUAUUCUCUUUUUAUCGUUUGGACAUUGUGAAAGACUCUCAAAAUGAAGACUGUUGUUAUCUUAGCUGUGGUGUGUGUUGCAUUUUUCAUCCAAGCUGCAUCGGCUGGACGUUGUAAGACCAACAGUGACUGUGGAGCCAACGAAUGUUGUUAUGGAAAACUCGUUAGACACUGCAGAACGUACGCUCUCGAAGGAGAAAAAUGCUCUUUCUCGAGAUGCGGUUGCGCACCUGACUUAGAUUGUGAAGGAAGUUUUCUCAGAAAGACAUGCAAAGAUAACACCCCAGGAAGUGGUUCUUUCUUUUAAAUAGAACAAAACGCUAUAUUUACA